AUGCCUUCCAGACGGCACAAAUAUCAAACAACAACCAAGAAAAAAUCGAAGCACAAAGUGUACAAAAUCGCGUUCGGUUUAGUGUUAGGUCUAAUCAAAACAGUGGCCCUAUACUUUCUUUUGCGUUACCAGUUCGAUGUGAACCCGCAAACCACCAUCAUCGCAGUCGUUAUUCUGGGUUUUAUCUUUACCAUUGUUUCCGCUCGUAGCUCCAGCUUUCAAUGUCUGACGCUGCUGAUGGUGCCCCAGAUCCUUAGCAAACGAGGAAGAGCCGCUAUGAUAGCAUACGCGUUUGUCCUGGCCAUCAAUGGUCCGGCCAGGAACGCUAUAGCAAAUAUUGACGCCGUUGGAGAAGCGAUUACAUGUGGUCAACAAAAACUACGAGCGGCCAUCCACGAUGCACUGCAAGCGGCCAAGGUUCCCUUUGUAGCGCUGAAGAAGGCAAUUGGAGAGAUUCUGUCUGAGGUUGAAAAAACUUUUGCAAAGGUUCAGCAGGUGCUGAAAAGGAUUUUGCUGUUGAUCAAGCGAAUAUUAAACAGCAUCCAGGCCGGAUAUCAGUGGCUUUCGAACGUUGUUUCGUUGUGUAACAAGAAGAUCGGUUCUCCAUUCGAUAGAUGUUACAAGGCAUUGGAGUCGGCGGUGGACGACUGUAAAGAGCGACUUCCAGGGGUAGGAUUUUUAUGCGAAGUGACUCACGUGGCAAAGCUGGUCUGCUACAGUGUGAAAUUUAUCGACUUCAUGUGCGAAUUGAUAGAUUUCGCGAGUGACGGUAUUGUCAAGGACAUUGAGAGAAAAUUACAAGAAUAUAUACAUAACAUGAAGAUUAUGUUUAGCGUGAAGGUUGAUUUUGACCACGCCUUCGCUUUCAAAACCAAUUCUUCGAAGACUUUUUCACAAAUCACCCACGAAAUCAAGCAAGAGAUAAGUGCGAAAAGCAAAAGUUUGUUUACAUUGUUCAAUAUUUUUGGCGUAAUUUCAAGCUUCUGUUUCCUUUGUGUUAUUAUUAGAUCCAUAAGAUACAAAAUGAAAUACCUCACCAAAGACCAGUUCGACAAUUGUUACCUUAGUCGAGACUUCGAAGAAAUCGACGGACGCCGUAAAACGUUGGGUCGGGAAACACUCCUACCGCUAACACGAAAGGAACGCAACCGCUACAUAAAUCUAACAUCAGCAUCGCUAACUCGAAAAGAGCAGUUCCGAAUCGCUCGAAAUGCCGUUUUCCUUUUCGUUUCAUCCGUUCAAAUCCUGGGACUAGUAAGUGCCGAUUACUGUCUGUUCUGGCUGUUGAUUACGAUUCGACAUGCCACUCUCAAGCAGGCUGGCAUCGAAACGCCUCCGAUGGUCACACUGGAGGUAGGCGGAUCGGGUAUAAUAGCCGAUAUGUAUCGUGGUAUCGUGGGAGCCUUCGAACCGAUGGUCAAACAUCUAGGAAUUCUGGACCCAGUUCAAUGUGCGCCGGAGCCACGGGUACCGAAUCUAACCCGAUACUUGCAGAUCUGUUUGAUUCUAUUGUUUUGCUGGAUGUGUAUUGUUUUAGAACCAUACGGACUACGGGUAAGGCAAUUGAUAAUGAGAGCAUACUAUCCGGAAAGGGCACGCGAAAGAGCUGUCUGGUUAUAUAACGAUAUUCUGUUGAAAAGAGAAACCUUCGUCAAAAUGGUUCGAAGACAACUGGCAUUUGGAAGAAACGGUGAUACUCAGGAGGCCGUAAGUUGGAUGGAUGUGAUCAGAGCGAAGACCAACCGGUUUUGGAUAUGUCGUAAAAUUCUUGGCGAUAGCAAAGCGAAGAGGUGUAUUCUCUGCAGUACGAAACUGAUGAACGAUGACUUGAUAAGUUGCCUGCGGCCAGGGUGUCCCGGGGUUUACUGCUAUGAAUGCUGUCUGGAAGCUCAUUACGUGUGCUCUAUUUGUUCGGAGCGGAUGGAUUUCGGAGAUUUGAGUAACGAUUCGAUUGAGAGAGACUCCUCCGAAGAAGAACCAAAUGUCUGAGAAGAUUUGAAUUUAAGUUUAAUGAAGUUUCUGCAUGCUUAGACCUAAUAGCAUUUGCCGAGAACUAUUGGAUAAUGGAUCAUUAAAUGGCUGCAAGUAAACCAG